AAAUGAGCAUGUGAGUCGGGAGGAGAUGAGCCCCCGGUCAGAGUGAUGGGAGGAGUGUAGAGAAACACAAGUGUUGUUUCCCUGUCUCCUUGUGACACAAGUUGCUUCCUCCAGUAGAGAAGACACAACCAUGGCUGAUCCAAACACAUCAUCAUCUUUUUUUUUGGAUGACUUUGGCUUCAUCUACGACCAACUCAACUUCACCUACAAUGACUCUGAGGUCUUCAUAUUAGACCAGGAGACGCAGCCCUGCAACUCCUUCUCCCCCUCGGACGCAGUCAUGGUUGGAGUCGGCGUGUUCUACAUCCUGGUCUUCCUGCUGGCCAUCCCUGGAAACCUGGUGGUGGGGCUGGUGAUUGGCCUCAGCAACAAGGCGCUGCCGCCCUCUGACCUCUACCUCCUCCACCUGGCCGUCGCCGACCUCCUGCUCGCCAUCACACUCCCGUUCUGGGCCGUCUCCGUCACCUGGGGCUGGGUGUUCGGAGACGCCAUGUGCAAGAUCAUCACCAUCCUCCAAGAGCUGAGCUUCUACACCAGCAUCCUCUUCCUGACGUGCAUCAGCAUGGACCGCUACAUGGUGAUAGUGCGCGCCAUGGAUGCUCGCCGGGCGAACCGACAGCUGGUCAGCUGGGGGGUGUGUGGAGCCGUCUGGGCGGUCGGAGCGUGUCUGUCCAUGCCGGGCCUCCUCAGUACUUCUAUCUCCUCAGUAAACUCCAGUCGGAUGUCGUGCACUGAACAUUACGAAACCAACAUCGCCGACGAGUGGCGGCUGGCCACCAGGAUGCUCCGCCACACUCUGGGUUUUGUCGUCCCGCUGGCCAUCAUGCUGCCCUGCUAUGGCGUCACCAUCCGGCGCCUCCUUCACGUCCGGGGGGGCUUCCAGCGCCAGCGAGCCAUGAGAAUGAUCGUGGUCGUGGUGGUGGCCUUCCUGCUCUGCUGGGCGCCGUACCACGUUGCGGUGAUGGCAGAUACGUUUUUCAGGGCUAAGAUAGUUCCCUACCGCUGCCCAGCGAGGAUGGCGGUGGAUCAGGCCAUGUUCACCACCCAGAGUCUCGGGCUGCUCCACAGCUGCGUCAACCCGCUGCUGUACGCCUUCGUGGGAGAGAAGUUCCGGAGGAGGCUGCUGCAGCUCAUGAGGAAGGCCGGCGUCCUGGAGAGAGCAUCGGUGUCGAGGGCCAGCAGGUCGUCCAUGUCCUCAGAAAUCACAUCCACCGUCAUGUGACAACUUUCAACCAUUCAGACCAUUUACUGCAGGGAUUCACCUAUUGGACAAGAAAGGGCCGGUUGUCAUUAUUAUCUGCAAAGUACCUUGAGCGCUUCAUUGAAAUGUCUAAAUACCUUUUCAUACUAUGAUCUAUUCUUUUCUGUGUUAUUUAACCAGGUUUAAGCCGCAAACAUUUGUUGGUGGUAAACCAUUUUAGUCCCAUCAGUGAACCUUUGCACUGAGGAAAUGGGGGGAAACUUGUUUGACGAGUUUACAUUUCAACAUGAUGAUACUUACAUGUCACAACUCUUGUAGAGAAGCAGCAGAAGACAGAAGUGGACAGUUCAGAGGUCACAGCUCAGCGCAGCGUGAGUUAUCAAGUUUACAAACCGACGUGACCAUCCUUUGAAAAAGCAUUUUAAGAAAAUCUGAAAGAGGGAAAAAGUUAUAUUAUUAGAGUAGAGUUUUAAUGAGCUCGCAGGAGUUCCAUUACUUCUGCCUUCUGGAUCCUAAAUGGCUGAUGACUGUCGACCACAUUUCCUCCUUCACAAAAGUGACAAUAUCUGUGUGGUUCUUUCCUCAGAAUAGACUCUUGCACAUUCCUUCUCUAAACUUGUGACAAUGUGAUGCUCAUGUGACCAAAUAUGUAUUAAGUAAUAUGUAUUUUUGUUUUUUGUGAAACUUAGAGUUUAACUUAACAGAACGAUCCACAUUCUUCAUUUUAUCGCAGGCGACAAACUGAUCUGAUGAUAUUUACAAAUGGCAUGAAAGUACGACUUUAGUCUCGUGAAAAUCUCAUAAUGUUACGACUUUGUUCUCGAAAUUUCGUUUUUCCUCCCUUCAAGUGGCCGUGCUACUCCAUCGUGACGUUGGAACUAUCUUGUACAGAACUGUAUAGUCUCAUAUACUUUUUUAUAGUCAGCUAUAGAUUUUUAUUGAACUGUUUGAGUUUUUUGUAUAAGCCGAAUACAGCAGGUUGUUAUUCAAAUGUGUUUAUCAA